AUGCUCUCAAUAUCUUUCCCCUCACCUCUCAGCGCUCUCUCUGGCAAAACCAUCUCAUCAAAACCGUGCCACGUCAGACCGCGGAGAGUUUUCGUUUCUGCCACCUCCACCAGUACAGAAGCUAUAUCUACUCAGCUUCCCCGCGGCAUGGCUUCCUGUUCCCUUUACGAGAUUCUUGGAAUUGCGGCUGCUGCUUCAGGUCAGGAUAUUAAGGCAGCGUACCGGCGACUCGCGAGAGUUUCGCAUCCUGAUGUGGCGGCGGUUGGUCGGAAGAAAUCUUCGGCGGAUGAGUUCAUGAAGAUUCAUGCUGCGUACUCGACUCUGUCGGAUCCGGAGAAGCGUGCGAGAUAUGAUAGAAGUUUGCUCCUGCGUCGGCAACCGCUGACGGCGAGGAGAUUUCCUGGAUAUAGUUGUCAGAACUGGGAGACAGAUCAGUGCUGGUAG